AUGGGAGCUAACGACACACUGCACUCACUACACAAGCAAGAGGUUAAACCCUCAAAACACUCACUACCCAAGCAAGAGCAUGAGGCUACACCCUCAAAACACUCACUACCCAAGCGAGAGGCGAAACCGUCAAAACAAUCACUACCCAAGCGACAGGCUAAACCCUCAAAACAAUCAAUUCCCAAGCAAGACACUAAAACCAUUCAAACACUCACUCCUCAACAAGAGGCUAAACCCUCAAAACACUUACUACUCAAGCAAGAGGUUAAACCUUCAAAACACUUACUACCAAAACAAGAGGCUAAAACAUCAAAACACUUACUACCCAAACAAGAGGCUAAACCCUCAAAACAUUCACUACCCAAGCAAAAGGCUAAACCCUCAAAACACUCACUACCCAAGCGAGAGGCUAAGCCCUCAAAACACUUACUACCCAAGUAAGAGGCUAAACUCGCAAAACACUCACUACCCAAGCAAGAGGUUAAACCUUCAGAACACUUACUACCAAAACAAGAGGCUAAAACAUCAAAACACUUACUACCCAAGCAAGAGGCUAAACCCUCAAAACACUCACUACCCAAGCAAGAGGCUAAACCCUCAAAACACUCACUACCCAAGCAAGAGGCUAAACCCUCAAAACACUUACUACUCAAGCAAGAGGCUAAACCCUCAAAACACUCACUACCCAAGCAAGAGGCUAAACCCUCAAAACACUCACUACCCAAGCAAGAGGCUAAACCCUCAAAACACUCACUGCCCAAGCAAGAGGCUAAACUCUCAAAACACUCACUAUCCAAGCAAGAGGUUAAAUCUUCAAAACACUUACUACCAAAACAAGAGGCUAAAACAUCAAAACACUUACUACCCAAGCAAGAGGGUAAACCCUCAAAACACUCACUACCCAAGCGAGAGGCUAAAACCCUUAAUAUACUCACUACCAAAACAAGAGGUUGA